GUUCAAAAUAUGUUUAGGAUGUAUUUAGAGUACUUUAAUAUUGCUGUAAAUUGUUGGAUAUUGAUUGGGGAAUUUUAUUGGUUGUUUUUAGGCGGAGAAUUCUUUAUAGGCGAUUUUUGAAUUCGUUAAAGUGGCCUAUCAGUUUGUUUACACAAGUCUCUAAGGAUCAAUAAGCAUUGUCCAUCUGCAGGUUUGAAGAUGUUGCAUCAUUGGGAUCGGGAAUAGAGAGCUUGUAUUUAGUUUUGAUUUGCUAAGUUGACUUGGGUUUGUUAAUUGGGACUUUAAACUUGUCGUACUAUUUAUAUUCUUAUUUUCGUUGGUUGAUUUUUGGGGACUAAAUCUGUAAUCGAUUAUUUAUAAACCUAAAGUUAGUUUUAUGUUUUCCGCUGCAAAAUUCUGAAUAAGCCGUUACGUUUUCACACGGGCGAUAAUGCCUUGAUAAUUCUCUACGUUUUAUAUUAAAAGAUUAUUUUAGAAAAGAGAGAAUUGUCGGGGUGUUACAAAGUGGUAUCUAGAAGCUAAGGUUUUACUUUAAUAAAUUUUUAGGCGCCUAACUAUCUAGUUAUUUAAAAUAAAUUUCUUAAAAAUCGAGAUUUUACGUAUUAUAGUGUUCAAAAAUUGGUACUUUUUUUUGGGGGGCCGAUUUCAUUUUACCCUGUUUGAAAGUAUACGAUAUUCCUUAUUUACGUUCGAAAUCAAAUUAUUUUUUCCAAGUUAAAGUGAUACUUUGGACAUUUUUAUUUUUUUUUAUUAUUUAUUAUUCAAACAAAUAAAUAAAAAUAAUAUGAAUACAUUUUUUAAAAAGGAGUUCAAUUUUUUUUUUUUUUUUAAAGUUGUUUCAAGAUUUAGAAUUCGUUAAUUAGGAAAUAUAAAUCUUUUUCGAAUUAAUAACUUUAUUUUCUAAUUUAUUCGCUACGCAUUUCCUUAAUUUAUUUUACUUAAUUUAUUUUAUAUUUUUAUUUAUGUUAUUAUUCUAUGUUAUAAUUUUCUUAUAUUAUCGUCCUUUUACCUUGUUAUUUAAAUUAUUUCAAUGCUUUAGCUUAUGAGAGAUGGGUAGUAUAAGAAGGGCAUAUAAGAUAGAAUUAUAUGUGCAUUAGUGGCUAGUCAACGCUAGCAUUAGAAAUUGAUUGUUAUGUACGCGCGUGUGCUAAUUGUUUAAGUGUUACAUUUACAAGUGCAUAAAGAAUUGUUUGAUUCCACCAAACUUAUCGAUUACUGAACCUUGUUUAUGUUUUGGCUGGAAAAUUGUUAGUGAGACCUUGAAUUGUUUAUUUCAGGAAUAAAAUGUUUCUUUCCAAGUAUACCAAUAUAGGAUCCUUCGAGAAACUUGAUAUAGAAACCCCAGAUAUUUAUGUGAAGAAAAUUGUGUUUGGAUGUGAAUAUUAUGCUAAGGUUCAAGGGCAACCUAUCUUAAUGAGAAAGGAUAUCAUAGCAGCCACUAUCAUUAAUUGCUUACCUAACAAAUUUCCAUACCUAGAACUCAAGGAAAAGUUUAAAGACAUGCAUUCUGAUAAUGGAACUCCAAACUUGGUUAAGUAUGGAACUUGGGAUGGUAGAUGGAAAUAUGAUUCAGAAAUUCUGACCACCAUUAUUGAAGCAGCAGAAAGUGGGUUUAGAGACGGUAAAAUCGUAGGGAGUCAUGUUGGGGAUUCAGUUACAGAAGAACCUAUGGGAAUUAGUGUAAAUAAUGACCUAGAGGAAAAUGAUGUAGCUGUGGAGAAUGAGAAUGUAGGUGUUGAGGCAGAGAAUCCUAACCCAGCGGCUCAUGAGCCAACCAUUGAGAUCUCUAGUGAUUCGGAUGCAGAGUUCGAAAGUGAACAGGAGAUGGCAAGUGAGCCUAAUCAAGAUGAAGACAUGGGUGAAGAUGCAAACCCUGAGGAAGACCCCGAUGAAGACCCUGAAGAAGAGUUCGAUGAUCUUGAGAUCUAAAUUUCACUCCGCAAGUCUCAGGAGCAAUGGAUAGGCAAGAGGCCACAAAUAUUUUGAAGUCAUGAAUAGUUAAUUAGCUCUUUUAUGUUUUAAAGAAUAAGUAGCAAAGCUACAACUGUUUAAGGUUUAAGUUUAUUGAAGUUUGAAAUGUUCUUUAUUAUUUUCAAGGAUGUAAUAAACCUCUAUGGAGUUAGCAAUAAAAGUUAAAGUUUUCAAGGAAGUGUUCUUUAUUCUA